GGCCGCAAAUGGGCAGCGGGUGUCGUGAAGGCUAGAGAGGCUGGUGUUGAAAAGAGUGGAAACAGAACCCAUUGUGGUGUUGGAGAGGAGUGAGCUGCUGCCUGAGAGAAGAAUAAAAGAGACAAUUUCGCGACUACUAGGGGACUCAUGGUACGCGGACAGAAAUGGACGCUAACGGACAACAUAGACGUUGUUGCCCUUUGUGAAGAGGACCGCGUCGUCCAGUCGGAAACAGCCGGUAUAUGAAGAGUUAAGACUCGACAACCCAACUGUUUAUUUCAGCAGCUAGCAGGCUAGCUGGCUAGAUACCUAGGAGCUAGAAAUGGGGAGCCCGUGUGAGUUUGCAUGAUAGAGAUCUUUAUCGAUCCUUGAAGACGCUGUUUGCGGUUUGCAUACAGUGGGCAGUGAUUUGAAGUGUCCGUCGCCCGCCUCGUAAGUGAACGCAACUUUGAAGAAUGAUAUCAAGUGAGCGCUAAGCAUUUCUCCACCACACUACUACAGACCCGGAGAGGAAAAGUCACACAGGUUUGUUCCACACUCUUUUCUCCUCUCUACUUCUCGCUGAAAAAAAAUAAAUCAGAGUAAUAUGCAUUUAAUUUAAACUUUAAAGCAUUAUUUCAUUAUUCAAAAUAGGUUAAAAAAACAAAACUAUAUUGAUUUCAAGUCAUGCAAGAUGAUGCUCGGCGGUAAAAGCGUCACUGUUGCUGCCGCAUGAAUGAUAAAAAGCUGAGAUAAAAUAGUGUUUUUCAAAAACAAACUCCUCUAUCAGAUUACCACAUCCGCUGAACGGUAACAGGAAGUUUAUUAUUACUGCGAACAGAGCUGGUAGUGUUGACACAAAACACAACUAUCAUGGGCAUCUCGAAAAUGAGCGUCGUCUUAUCUUUCUGCAGUCUGCUCGGGUACCUAAACACAUCAAAUGACGUCUGUAAAAUAAAACCCAUUUUACUGCAUAGGGGGUGUAAUGAAUGUAAUAAACAAGCUGUUAAACAAGAUAGGAGUACUAAUGAGUGUAACCUAUCUCCUCCACCUCCUUAAAAUCCAGUCUCUUAGUUGUUUGGAUAAAUAUAUGUUAAAUACAGUAUCAUCUAGUUAUUUUUUGUUGCCUCCUAUUUAGUUUGAGGGGAAAAAAACAAUACUGCUUCAACAGGUUUCUUUCUUUCCUCCUUAGCAGGUUAAUAUUUUACCCAUCAAACAGAGAGGCUCAGGCGCCAAGAAUAAAAGCAUAAUUUUCAAUAAUAGCUGCAUUGACUUGGGUAUGAGAUCUCAGCGAUCGUACAGUCUUUGCGGACUCGUGCCCUUGAUUUCUUCAAGGAAAACAGAUUACAGUCUUACUGUUAAGUCAAAAAAUGGCUUAUCCUUUUAUAAGUUCUAAGGACUUUCUUUUUCCAGUCUAAUGAAUAGAAUGUGCUGCUUCGAAUUAAUUUUUCCCUAUCAGGAGACUAAUUGCGGAGCCUUUUCUGCAAGGUUAGUUGGCAAGGGAACUAUGAAAGCAGACCGGUGUAUUUAAGACAUUCUGCUGGUGGUUGAUUUGAAUGUUUCUCAGCACUCAGCAGGGGAAUGUCUUGUAAUUGUAGCCUAAAAGCUCCCAGUGGAGAGGUAUAUUUUGUGUUUUUGACCUCCACACUCACCCAGCCAUACUCGGAUGAAACAUUCUUCAACAGAUGGAGCCACGGUAAUUUAAGAUGAUCUUUGGUGGAGCGAUAAAUAUCCGUCAGGUCAUCAAUUUAAUCACCCCCCCAGCUCUACACGUAGUCCCCAUUUGUUUAAGCUUGAAGACACUUUGAUAGGUUGUUAUAAUCAGUUCUGGUGCAGCCUCACUUAGGAGACACAGUUCUGCAAUAACAUUAACAUAGAUUUACAAGUAUGACAACUUCUUAAACUUUCAGAGAGUCGAGGCGAUGAGUGACAAUACGCAGCGGCUCGAAUGAGUGAAAAGUGCGUGUUGGAGAAUCCAGAGCGAGUCUUCUCUGUGUGUGUGAGUGAGUGAGUCCUCUAAAAUAGCUGAGGCAGUUUGGCGCAGAAAAGAUAUCAUUGAUAUUCUCAUUAAAACCUCUUUGCAUCUGGUUUGGGCCAGAGAUGAAUGGACUUAUGUUCAUGUUGGGAUGCCACUAAUUGGUGCUUGUAUUAUGAUGACUCAAUUUUUCCAUUAGGCAUGAGAAUGUAAGUGUCAUUUAUAUCUAUCCAUCAUUGUCUCUGUGUUUGCUGUACUGAGGCAACCCGGCUGUGGCUGAAUGUUUUUGUGAUCAAACAUUAUUGACUCCCACAGUCGAUAACCUUGGCAACAGUAGUUCCUCUCUCCGGUUAGAGCAUUGCAAUGGGAGUGGGAGGGGGUCAGAGGAGGCUUUUUCUGCUCUUUGGGAAAGGUUUGGUUAGGAAGCCGGCCGUCUGGAGGAUAGACAUGCUCGUGUGUGUCCAUUCAGAGAUGACAAACUUCGACUCUGCAUUCAAGUCGUCUCUUUACAAGAGGAGUAACUUUACGUUUCUCUCACCCUGCUCUGUCUGUUAAAGCUUUCACUCACCCUUUUCUAUUUUUCCAGCUCCUUCUCUGUACUCCAGCUCCUUUCCAACACUCCUCCUUUUAACUCUCUUUUGCAUUUCCAGUGGAGUUAAUCAGGCAUGUUCAUGUGUGGCUCGACUUCAUUAUAUCAUAAUGAAGUUUAGCCUCAGGUGCAGUGAAGGAAAUGGGUUAGCCUGCGAGUAGCUUUGCCCCUGUGCAGCAUUAUCUGAAACCAGUUUUCGCACAAUGAGCUGUGGAAAAGAUUAUUCAAGAAAGAAAUUUCCUCUUCAGCCUGUUCUUUCUUAUCUGGGUUAUUCUGUCAAAAUCUAAGUUUAAUAAAAAGUUGAAAUAUUAGGAUAUUACCAUGUCAUCUGGCUCUGUCUCGACCUUUGUCAUUCUGUUUUAAGCCAACAUGGGGCCUAUUGCUUUAUCUCACGUCGUUUCUGUCCCGGUAAUGAGCCAUUUUGCGGCUUUUAACAUCUGCCAAACUUGGAACAUUUCGAAUGCGAGACUCAUCUCCCAUGCAUGAGGAGUCAGGCAUCCUUUGAUUUGCCCUCUUUUUCUUUGCCACUGUUUCGAAGCGUUCACCACAGUACUUUGUACAGUGUGUGUUCAGACGUCCAAAAGAACUUUUUUUUUCCCCUUUAGUUUUGGCAGCAUGUCUGCAUGACAAGGGGUAAUUUGGUGCUUAUUCUAAACAGGGUUUUCCUCUUGGUAUUGUGCAUCCCUCCCUCUCACAGAGGCACAGCAGGGGAGGAACAGAGGCGAGAGGGGGGUUAACUCAAAACACAAGUAUUCUUUGGGCACAAUGAGGUCCGUCCGAAAGAAAACACUGCUUUAGAUUUCACUGGCCCCUAUUCCGGUGGGUAACAUCUGUGUUGGAAUACAAAGCAUCUGGCUGUAAUUUGGGGCUUUAAGUGAACUUUACCCUUGUCAAAACCUGAGUAAGCAACCUCACCAUGCUCGCUGUUUCCCCUCUGUGAACGUCCUGUUAAGUAAUUCUCAGAUAACAGACAGUGAGGGAGUGAAAUAAAGCUGGUUAUGCAGGCGUAGAUUUCACAAGAGGCAGUCUACUGGUAUAAUUACCAGGAAAAAAAAAACACUUCCCCGCUGUAAAUGACCGUGCCAUCCUUCCAAUAAAGCUGAAUGUUUUGGCCUCACUCACACAAUUAUUCUGUGUGAAGCAGCAGCAACAGCAGGCGAUAAAAACUCUUAAAUCUUGUUGUAUUUCAAUCCUAAUUCUUCCCUGUUUCAUGAUAAAAAGUGCAGAAUCAAGGAUAAGCCAUCUGUAAAGGAUUUUGUCAUUUUAUUGUCAACAAAUUCGGCUUUUAAGCUUCUAGGUUCGCUGUUAUUAAGCAAAAAAGAAUUCGCAGCAUGUUUGUCGUCGUCCCAUAUGUCGAUAAUACAUUAACUCGUCUAAUCCAGGUAAUGCUCCACAGGUAAGCAGCAGGUAAAACUAUGUAUUCUCCUCGUUUUCGCCGCCAGCUCAUGCAUCUCAUUACUCCGCUGUGACCAGGUCUUGUUGGAGGGCUUGUUCCAGCCUGCUCUCUCCUCUCUCUCUCCUCUGUCUCUUCCUCUAAAAUAGGGAUGAAAAGGUGAUCACCUCGCGGGCCUGGCUGAGGUUGUGACUCGUCCUCUUGGAGCCCUUUGCUGAUCCGAGUAAAAUCUCAAAUCUGCUCUCCAGAUUCUUGCAGCCAAGAGUGCAGCCGUGACUGCCUGUGUCAAAUGCUAAAUGGCACUUGAAUCAAGAUCAUAUAGCAACAGGAUAUUCAGCUUUCCCCCUCAAGCAAUCAGUUUCCUCUCGCUCCCUCCUGGAGAAGGCAUGCUUCCCUCUGACUCAGGUUGAAAUUGUUUUCCCGAGUCUUCCAGACUUUUUUCUUUAUUUCAUAUCUUAUGGUACAUCUUCCUUUCUUUUCAGAUCCAGUAGAAAUAUCUGUCAAAAUUGAAUACAUUUGGGGGUUCUUUUGAGCUCUCUGUAAAAAGAUACGACUCUGAGGUUAUGGUUAUUGUCUAUUUAUCACACUUUUACUGAAUUGUGAUAAAUGUGUUGAGUAGUCUUUUUGUAAAGAUUAGAUUCUGCGCUAUCACGUAUUUAUGUGGUGAUGAAAUUGUAGAUUCAGUGUGUUCUCUUUAAAGCCCCACUGUGAUCAUUUUUUUCACCACUUAAAGUUUUAUCAGUAGUCUUUAAAUUGUAAACUUUAAUAAUGUCUUUAGGGACAUUAUGAAAGGUAAUAUCAUUGUUACCUUUCUUAUGAGCAUUGCAAUCUGCUAACGCACACGCUUGUUCUGCGAUCGUCCUCUACUUUUCCGAGUGUGACCUGCAUAGUGGGGCUCUGGGGGCGGAGCUUGGAUUUGCUACAUAGGAAAUCUCACUGAAUCUGAACCUGCUGUUUUCGUCUGUGAGGUUCACAGCGAUGUGAAUGCAGAAAUACUCAGAAAUGCAAUUUCGCACUUAGUUUUCUGAUGAUAUGUCCCGUAGCAUCAGAAAAAUGCCAUAAGAACAUGUAGACAUCGGAGUAGGUCUUAAAAGGCAAAUUCGUAAAGCUUCAAAAUGCUUUUACAGUUUAAAAAAAGAUCUCUGGCGCAUUCAAUUGAGAUUCACAGUAGCUGCUUGUUUCAAUGCAGACAUUGCUGAUUCAAAAACAGAUGCGAGUUUAACUUCUGUUUCAAAGACAGACAGUAAGUCUGCAACUCUCAUUAUCCACAUACUAUUUAUGGUACACUGCUCACGAUUGAGUCACAUUGUUUGAGAAAAAGAGGUAAAAAAAAAUGUGCAUCAUGAUUUUGUUUCCCUCAGACGACAGAACAAAAGGUGUGGCUGUCUGUAGUUCCCCCUUGUUUGGAUACAGUCUAUUUUUACAUUAGGGAUGUUGCUGGCCUGAUCUGCUCAAGGUAUUUUCAGACAGAGGCGUCAGGUAAGAACUAGUGCAUUCAACGUCUUAUCUGACACUCCACAGCCAUGCAAACCCUCACGAUCGCUGCUGUUUUCGGCAGCCUCCAGCUCAUGUGUCUAUCCAGAUCUCUUCCACUUCGAUCCGCAAAGCAAAAUGCGAGGAACCCGUCGACGCGCACUAAUCACAGUACUGUGCCUGCUUGUUAGCCGUGCCCUCUCAAGUCGGCAGUCCUAAUAGGCAUGUCCUAAUGAGCUCUAAUUGGGGAUGGCUAAUUUGCAUGGCCUGAGUCAUUGUCUUUCUUAAAGCCACUUAGACGACUUACAAGACUCAUAGCUAAAAAGCUGAUUGGGGGGUCGAACAUGGCCUCAUCAUGAGUUCGACUACAGGGGGGCUUGAGAGGCUUCAGAGAGCUUUGUGAAGCUCAGAUUGUUGUCUCUCUCUCCCUCACGAUUCCCUCCUUGGCUGACAUCGAUAUGCCUAAUGGAGUUAUCCGCAGUCCCCCCACCACCACCACCAUCCCCACAACCACAGACGUUAUUUUAGUGACACCAGCCAUUUUCAAAGAAAGAACUUCAAAGUGUGAUUAAAACGAAGCAGGCCAACUCUGAUCAAAGGUUAAACUACGCACAGCGUGACUCUCUACACAAUGAAGUGAGAUUUUUGCAUUUGAAGUGAGAAUUUUUAAAAAAAAAAUCAAGGUUUUCAGAGCUCAGUGUAUCUGCGGUGUGUUACUUUCCUGUGCAUGGGAGGAAAAAUGAUGGAUACUUCUGUGGCUACAGAGGGAGAUCCUGUGAGGAAUCAUCCUCAGAGUACAGCGCAUUUUAUUUAAACUAGGAGAGGAUGUCGUACACUUCCUCUUAAUUUGAUCACUGACACUUUAUUUUGUCUGUUUCCACACUUUUAUUUAUCUCCAAACUGGCGAGGUAUACAAGAAAUCUAUUCCCAAAGUGGAAGAGCUCAAACAGGCACAAGAAAGUUUAUUGCAUUGGCUGUAGGCCAUCUCAUUUCUGCUCAAAAAAAGUAAUGAAAUCUCUCAAAUGACCCAGGCAAUUUGGAUUUGUGAGACAGUUUCAUAUGCUGGAGAGAGUGCUUUUUGUUUUAUACAAGGAAUUGCAUACUAGGACUGAAAUGUUUAAGUUGCAACCCCAGCAGAAGACAAAUUAAACACACCUUUUUUCAGCGGUUAUCCAGGUCCAAAAGGGCCAAUUUUCCUGUUAUGAAAUGUAGCUUUUUUAUUUGCCCUGAUGUAAUGAGUUCUCUCUCUUUCUUGAUUUCAGGCCUGCUGGCUCAAAGUUGCACACAAACACCGAGGAGGGAGAACAUGACUCACCAGCCCCUGCCAGAGACUGGCAUGGGGCAGCUGUGCCAACCUCGCCCCUGCCUGCCACUUUAGAAGCCGUCCUGGUUCACCAUGACAGGGAGGCACUGAGGUUAACCCCCUGACAAUCAUCCUCCCUAUCCCUCAAGAACCCCCACCCCCGCCCCUCCCCCUAUCCCCACCAUGCUGCGCUUUCUGCCUCUCAAACUUGGCCGCCUGUAUCGCUGUCUGAAACUCUUGCUGGUGGUGGGAUUGUUUGUCAUCUUGUUGAUGAACACCCACAACCUGUUCGCCUCCUUCCAGAAGAAUGAGCUCACAGACAGACGCUUCAUCAACCUCAACAAGUGUCCCGCCUGCUUUGGCACCAGCUGGUGCCGCAAAUUCAUGAACGGACAGGUAUCCUUCGAGACAUGGGGUCGACUAAGAUUCCUGGACGUUUUUAAUGUCAAGAAUGUUUACUUCGCUCAGUACGGCGAGCCCAGGGAGGGCACCCGGCGCGUGGUGCUCAAACGACUCGGCUCCAACCAGGAGCUGGCCGAGAUAGACCAGAAAAUCUGUAAGAGAGCCACAGGCAGGCCGCGCUGCGACCUCAUCCAGGCGAUGUACAAGACUGAGUUCGCGAGGAUCAACGGGGAUGUGCGUCUGCUCACCCCAGAGGUAGUAGAGGGCUGGUCGGACUUGGUGCACUGCCCCUCUCAGAGGCUGCUGGACCGUGUGGUCCGCAGGUACGCUGAGACCAAAGACUCGGGCAGCUUCCUGCUAAAGAACCUGAAGGACACGGAGAGAAUGCAGCUGCUCAUGACCCUGGCAUUCAACCCAGAGCCGCUCGUACUACAGGUACUGCUUUAACCUUUCUAUCAUUAUCAUUAACAUGUGUUUGUCAACACAGCAUCUGCUUUAAGCAUCAGGUGUAUACAAAGCCAUCUGAGGAUCCAAAGGUUGCGGUUAUAUUUUUGUAUAGAGAAAAUAUCACCUUUUGAUAAAAGAGGUGUAGCUGAUCCUCAGCAGCGGCUGUUUUCAUAACCGUUGAUAAGGCGCGGUUCCCUGGAUUACCUUUGCCACAGAGAAUAAGAGCAUCAUUACAAAGCAAGCCGGGGUGUUGGCCCACAAAGCCCCCAGUAAAUUACAGGGCGGGAAUCCUCCUUUUCCUUCCUCCUCCAUAGAUCUGAGACGAGCCAUUACACCCUCCCUAAACUCGAGGCUACAUCCCGACUCCACGUCCGCUUUCUGGAGCACGAACAUUCCUCCACUCAGGCUAGAGAGAGGUUUGAAAGCUGUGGCCUCCCAAAAGAUGAGAGAUUUUGGCUGGCGGCAAUACUGCAUAUUUAACACUAUAUGUAGGGCAGUUUUGAAUUAUUCAAAGAUGCAUCUGUAAAUGGUCCAAGUUGUUUUUAAUUUUAAUAUACGUCUGUGUCCAACGGAGUCUGGUCUUUUGUGGGAGACAGCAUGCAGAGGGAUGUCUUACGGGGGGCUGCUAAGUGAAAUCAGCAUAAAUAUUCUUGGUCCUUCGGCAAAUCUUUCAAAAUAAAAGCUUUUUUAGAAGUUUCUGACCUAGAUCCCUGCCUUUAUUUUAGGACUGCGAUACAGAAAAUCAUCGAUUGAAAUUUAUAACUUAAAGGAGCUGAGGGAAAGAAAAAUCUAUUUUGUACGACAGAGGAGUAGGGCCACAUGACGAGAAAAAAAAAUAAUUACAGGAAGAAGAUUAAAGUCAAAAUUUCAAGAUAGAAGUUGGAAUUUCAAGAUUAAAAAGUCGAAAUUACGUCAAAGUCGUAAUAUCAAGAUUAAAGUUGAAAUCUUGAGAUUACAAAAUGUCCAAAUGUCGUGAAUAAUGUCGAAAUUUAGAGAUUAAAAAAUGCACAUUUGAGAUUAAAGUUAGAAUUUUGAUUUUAUUCAUGUAAUUUUGUGUUUUUUUUUUCAAAUCUUGACUCAAAUUUCAGCUUUAAUCUCGAAAUUUCAACUUUAAUCUCAAAAUGGAAAUUAAAAGAAUCUCCCUCCUGUAAUUAUUUUUCUCUCUUCUUGUGGCCCUAAUCCUCUUUCAUACUUAUCAGAAACUCCAAUUUGACAAACGACUUUAUCCGUCAGAACUAAAAUGAUCUCUCCAGAAGUUAAAAGACAGGUCAAUUCGACUCUGUGCGUCUGCAUGUCAAAGCAGGCAAAACUGUAUUGCAUUUAAGCACUACUCACAUCCUUUGCCACUCAUUCGCAAGCAGCCAAUCAAUUUCAAUUUCAACCCAGCAUUGACUUUGUCUCGUGAGGGGACAGAACAACAAUGGUCACGGCCCGUGUAGACAUUCAAUAACUUACUCUGACCUCCAACCCCCUCCUGCGAAACAUAGCGCCGCACACCUCCAGGCAUUUCUGAGGACAAAAGGCCAGAUCAGCCUUUUAGUCCGGUCAAUCUAUAAAAUCUGAUUAGCCGAGUGUGGUCCUCUCCCCGCCCUCCUCUUUCUUUUUUGUUUUUUUCUUUCUCAUUUCUGUCUUUUUAGAGCUUUCUUCUAUCUGUGUCAGCCCCCUCUAUAUUCGCCCCUCUGCUUGUGUGCGCUCCACAAACUCUGGCUGGAUAAUUCCAUCACUGUUUUUAAUGCCAUUAUGCCCCAGUUCAGAGGCUGGUCGAAUCCCCCUCUUCUCCUCCACUAUCCUUAUCUUUCACAUAGCUACAGACAAUGAACCAUCACAUGUGCAUUUUCCAUAGUCCUCUCUUCCCCCCUCCCCUCCCUGCUCCAUGUAGCCUUUGCACUUUUACAGGGACUCAUGAAUUGUUCAUCUCAUCCUGAACUUGUGACCUGCAGGCACAAGAAAGAAACUGUGGAGUCUUUGUGUGCACCAAGCCUGUGGUAACAGAUGGUGGGCCAUGGUUUUAUGUGUGUGCGUGUGUGUGUGUGGAUAUUAAACAAAAAAAAUGUGCCAGAUAUCUCUGAGAUUCACACAUCCUGAGUGCUCUGACUGUUCGUCAGCAUCACUGAACUGAAAAGACGAGGGGAAAAUUUGCUGAGAGACUGAGAGGCCCUAUACACAAGGUUGGGCAGCAGUAGACCAUAAAGAAUUAAUGGCGUCUAUAGAGAUUGAACAGGAGACGUGCUGUACUACAACACCUUGGUCUUGCCAGAGGUUAGUGCUACUGUGUGGGGACUGGUUUUCACAAAAGCUAGAGGAAUGUGGGCUGAGUUUUAUGACCAGGUAUUUAAUGAAACCUGAUCCUUAUUUCGACUAUUUAUCACCCUGCCUUCUCGCAAGCCCUGGAGCAAUGCUUUCAUGCGCCCGGUCGUAGUUAAACACCUCCUCUGUAAGCUGAAGACACCAGUAUCUCUUCAGUGUGUAAUUUAAGUUUGCUAUAUUUAGUCUAAAUGAUUUCCUGCUGUCAUUGGUUGCCAGCUCUGUGGUUUUUGAGGUUUUUUCUCUCUAUCUCUCCUCCCCGCCUUUAUACAGUUAAAUAAUGCCAGGAACGUUUCUGCUGCACACUCUGCGAGCUGCACUCUCUCUUCGAAUGGCUUCUGUUUCCAGUCUUUUUGAAGCCACAGGCAGUAAAUCGGCCCUGUUUCACUAUGAGAAACCAGACCCUCUUUGUCAGUGGGAAACAAUCUGCUGUGUUGUUUCGACGCCGGCCAACAAUGCGUUUUCUGUGUGCUCUGUGGUACACAAGCGCGCAUACAGGCAAACACACACACGCACAGAAACACACACACACACCACCCCCUCUCCUUUGUCACGUGGAAAGACAAUUUGGCUUUGGGGAAUAAAUAUUUUUGGAAGACAAAAUGACGACAGGCGGACAAGAAAAUCCUUGUGCAAUGAGAAGCACCUUAUGCAACUUCAUCUGUUUCCUCUCCUCUCGGCUAACGCUGUUUUUCUUCAGGUCUGGCAGAUUAGUUUACUGUAAUAAAUGCACCAGUGUCAAGUGGCUGAGCAGAGAAAAACCACAAUGCUGUUUAAUUUAGUCCCUAAUUUGACAAUAACUUGGUUUGCAUGAAAAGCUGGUGAUAAAUUCCUCUCCUUUCCCCUGGCCUGGCUAGAACCCUAUUUGCCAUCCUUGGCUCCCCUCCCUCGGCUACAUGACUCACUGAUUCAUCAGGUGAUGGUUGUGUUUGAUGGAGUGCAUCUGGCCCAACCUUAAAUUAGUUCGAUUUAGCCCAGUCUUCCCUUCCAAAUCAUUAAGCCCGGUGAGUUUGCCAGAAGCAUGUGACUGCGCUCGCACCCUCUUUGGUCCUCAUCCCCGACUUGCUCAGUGAAGCUGAGAAUAGGAUGUGACAAGCCUGUGGGGUUAACUCCGUCAUCUCUUCCCGACUCAAAUCUGUGCUCUCACAGACACCUCUGUCUGUCUUCUCUGUUGCCAUCCCACUUCACCUCCCUCAAAUCCUCCUCUUUAUUUGACACCCCGCCCUUACCUGACACAGAAACAUACUCCUCAGAAGGCUGUCGUGUUUUUUUUCUCUCUCUCUCUGAACAGACGUCUUACUCUGAUACUAAAUCCGAGAAAAGAUAGAAAAGCAAGAUUAGAUGGAUGACCUUCUCUCCUGUUCCUCUCAAAGAUUUUUGACAGCAUCAUUUAAACGCAAAUGUGUAGGUAAACAUUCACAUGGUGUGAGCAAACACACUGGCAGCUUGUUUGAAUUUUUAAAAUAGGGAGAUGCCUCCUUGGUAUGCUGUUGAUUUAACGAGUCUCCUGCAUAAUCUAUUACGACACUCAUCCACUUUAAGAAUCUAAGCCAAUGUAAACGGAACAAACUCCAGGUUUUUCUUGGCACACAAAGGUAAAGAUGGUACCUUGAGUGUGACCCACUGAACCUUGCUUUAUUUUUAACGGAAUAAAAAAAAAAUUACAUUCGAGUGCAGCAUUUUGUAAUAGAUAUGCAGCCUGCUCACAACAGCUUUGAGUCAAACACUCCACACGUCUCCUUGAAAAUCAUCAAAUUGACAACAGUUUGUGUUGAAGAUACGCUAUAAAUUGAAAAAUGAAGUGUUUGCAGAAACGGCACUUGUUGAAAAGAACUCGUUUACACACACCACAAUAAAAACGAUCAUCUUGAUAGCAGCGGACAUAAAAUAUACUCUGAACAAAUAGUAAGACUGGGUCAUUUUGGCAAAAAAAAACAACAACUCUGCAGCAGAUUUCAUUUUCAGGAAGACGGCUUGUUUUCUCUCUCUGUUAGGGGGUUUAUAUGUAAUCUUACGGGUUUUUGAAAUUACUCACGCAUCAAAAUUGUUGUAUUGCUUUUGACAAAUCUCUAUCUUUUCAUUAAAUAGAGUCCAGAAGUCAAAACAGAUUUCCACUCCAGUCAGAUUUACUAUUUCACUGCUUGAUUAUUCCUUACUGUGAGGGUACUGACUGAAUGUUACCUUUUGGGGUAUUUUGUGUUCUAUAACCAAGUUAUCAUUGAACCACUUUUUUGUAUUAUUAACACUACUAUGUCUAUGUAUUAGGUAUCAUUCCCACUAAGGGUGUGAGGAAAAAAAUCAAUUCAGUAUAGUAUCGCGAUGUUUGGUCUGGUGAUGUAUUGUAUUGUCUCAUUUAGCAAGUAUCGGUUUUUCAAGUUAAUUGCUAAUAUGAAGUCAAAUCUAUGAAAAUGGGGAAAAAAGAAUCAAUGGUUUGUCCAGUGAGGUUGGCAGAGGUGACAUCAUAGAGCAGGAGAAAGUUGGUACAACAAAUAUAUAUAUAUAUAAGGUUUGCAAGAUUUGUUACAUGAAAAUAAAAUACAACAUAAAUAAGGCAAACAUGAAGAAAGGCAAAUGAUAAAUAAGCUAAAUAGUUGAAAAAAUUAUAUAAAUUGCAAAUAUUGUAAUGAAAUACUCACUGUAUUGCAAAAUGUUAAAAAUUACAAUAAUAUUGUAUCGUUGCCCAAGUAUCGCAAUAAUAUUGUAUCGUUGCUCAAAUAUCGCAGUAAUAUCGUAUUGUUGCCCAAAUAUCGCAAUAAUAUCGUAUCGUUGCUCAAGUAUCAUGAAAAUAUCGUAUCAUGGCCCAAGUAUCGCAAUAAUAUCGUAUCGUUCCUUAAAUAUUGAAAUAAUAUCGUAUCAUUGCCCAAAUAUCAAAAUAAUAUUGUAUCGUUGCUCAAGUAUCGCGAAAAUAUUGUAUCAUGGCCCAAGUAUUGUAAUAAUAUCUUAUUGUGCGGCCACUGGCGAUUCCCAACUCUGGUUCCUUCCAGACUUAAACUGAACCAUACUCUGGUCAUGUGAUCCGACAAGAAACAAUAAGUUCAUCAUUUGAUGUUUGGACAAAUGUCUGAAUGUAAUCUUGGAAGUGUAUGAGCGACGUUACAGACUGGAGUCUGAGUUGAAAUAGUGAUGCUGUCUCACAAACACAAAGACCAAGCCUGCUCUCCGCUAUUACUCUCCUUCCAUCCCCUCUGACUGACAGCUGUCACAUGACAAUAACAUGCCUGUAAACCGAGUCGAAUGCUAUCUCUUGAAUCAGCAGCUGAGAGAAACUAUAUACUAUUGGAGAGAUGAGCUUUUAAUGCUGGACAAACACUAUUUUUGAUGUAUGCUAAUCACUUUUUUUCAAAUACAGUAGCUUACCGUAUUACUGCCUAUUUCUGUAGUUAAAUAUUCAUAACAUAAACAAUUGUGGAAGUUUGCUUUAGCAAGUAACACUGGAUAAAGUAACAAAAUGUCUAUAAUAAUAACUUCAGAAAUGUCAGCUUGUGUUUACAUUGUCUGUUCAGAGAGCUUUCUGCAAUCUUACGGUCUGGCUUUCUGGGUCAUGCCUCUUUAUAAAGAGGAUCAAAGCCCGUUCUGUUUGUCAGUUUUAUUUAUUUCUUUUUAUUCAAUCGCAAGCGCCACAUGCUAUCCCAGCUUAAGUCAGAGGCUUCUGUCUCGAAGGCUGGCUCUGUGGCUGAGGUCCGCCAGUAAAUACUAUUUAAGUUGCUAGUCUGUGAUUAGAACCUUUGUUUUCAGGUCUGGGGAGGAUUGUGACGCUCUUAGCACAUAAGAGAGGAGGUUGUGUAUGCCGCUUAACCCUGCUUCAAGUGCUCCCAAACCCCCCUUUCAUUAUUCUUAUAGGCCUUUGUGUACAGACUGAAUCCUGUUAGGAUAAGACAGGGAGUUAUCUGGGCCUGACUCCCCUCUUUUGGCCGCCCUCACUGGAUGGAGGCCCUGGUGGAAACAGGGAGAAGUAGAGAAGAAAGAGGAGGAGAGUAGAGGAGAGGAGGGUUUGUGAGCGAGAGAGAGAGUGUGUGUCGUACAAGCCAGAGCCUUGUGGUGUUCCCCCCCCCCAUUUGAAUGAGCCAGACUGCUUGUGUUACCAUAAUCCUUUCUCUCUUUCUUCCUCUCUCAAAGCACACACACAAACAUACACACACAUGCAUGACAGCUGUGUUUGGUUAGGUAAAUGCCUGUGGCUGAACCCCCCGCCCCUUUCAUCCCACCCACCAGCCCCUUUUUUUAGAUUUCCCCCCACCUAGCAGCCCCCUAGCUUCCUACUGAACUCUUACCAACCUUACCCCAAAAAUACUGAAGCCGCAGUCCUGAAAUGCUAGAGAGUGCAACCUCAUUCACAACUCCUCCUGGGCCCCUUAAGAUAGCCAAUAUGGAUCGGUAACGAGUGGCUCUUUACUACUCUUCCUCCCCUGGAGAGCGUAGCAAUAGAGCAAGAAUCUGCUUUUCAGCCCAUCAGCUUGCCCGCAGUAAUAAAAUUGUCCACUGCAUUAAAGCCUCAGGGUACGACAGUCCUGUCAGAGGACCGAAGACUGAAGCAUCUUCAGGUCCGGGACGGGUACGUUGAUGUUAAAGGAAGAGGUGUUACAUGUGAGAAACUUGAACCGCUCCUCUCCCAGCUGUUCACCUUUUCAGCACAGAGGUUGGAGUGUAAAGUCCGUGACAGCCCCCCCAUCACAAUCGACACCCGCUCUGACGUCCUGCUCUGGAGACCUCAAACCCACAGCCCUCAGGUCUAAAGCCAAGCUUGACUCGGGUUCCUCCCCGGCCAUGUGGGCGGCAAUACCACCUAGACUGAGUCAACACCGCUGCUAUGACUUAAUACAUUCCUGGUCUUCCAGUGUGGGGGAUUUAUGAGGUGGCUUGGGUUCAGGUCGGGGAAGGGUUUCGACUAUCAGCCAGCAGCGGAGUGUACUCUAGCAACCCCCCGAGCUGCUGUGCCCUGCGCUCUCAUUCCUCAUCCUGCUCUCAUUCUCUCUCUCUCUCUCUCUCUCUAACCCAUUUCUAUCACCGCUCAGGCUGCGCAGAGCUCGCCGGAUCAUGUGCGCUGCUUCCUCCUUCUGUGCUGCACUUUACGCGACUUUACGUGGUCUUACUCCGUCUUCCUACCUGACCUUCAUGGUUUCGAUUCAGAUCCGAGCCCGGCACAUAUGACCUCCUAGUUUCUCAUUGGCUCCGACAUCUGAAGACACGCAUGCACACUCGCAUGCACACACAGCCAGCAGUCCUUUCUAGUGUCUUUCGUCAAUGAUUUUCCUGUUUCCCAAGACUGCUGCCAGCUCUACACACUGUGACUUUGCACUCCUUUGAAGCGCCUGUCUGGUAAAGAAAAAGGCAGGUCCUAUUCUAUAUUCAGAAACAUACACUUUACAGUCUCUGUCUCUCCCUACCCCUUUUUCUCUCUUACAGACAGACACAAAUGCUCUCCUCAGCUCGGCGCUCUGACGAGGCAUUUCCUCGAAUAGACAGCACCACUGCCCCGUAUUGCAGGUUUCAGGGGGGUGGAACAAAGACAGAGAAGGGGGGAAAGCGGGGUUAGCAGGAGAAGCAGCAGCAGCAGCAGGAGACAAGAGGGAAAAAGAAAAGAAAAGGGGGUAGUGCCGUGUGUGCCAGGAUGAGGAGUUAGCGCCAGCUCCCCUGUGGGGCCUGAGCUGUAGCUGCAGACCGACCGACUGGAUUUCAAACUUAAAUGGUCCACAAAAUGCCAGACGGGGCUCGCCACACAUCCCCCAGACACACAAGGUCAACAGGAGAGCUGAGCAGAAAGGGACGUGUUUCUCCGGUUUGGCAGAGCUAACCUCGCGGCGCAGAUGUGACUCCAUCUUAACACCGAGUUCGCCCUUUGAUAAACAGACUGAUGUUCGUUUUGUAACAUUACGGCUUAAAGUCUUUUUUUUUUUUCUCGUUUUUUUUUCUAUAGUUGUUGUUGUUGUUGUGUCUCGCUGAACACGUCUGCACGCCACGCUUCCUCAGCUCCACUGUUUGAUCCCGGGACUCCUGACAAGUCCUGUCCCAACUUGUUUUGCUCUGAAGCGUACGGGUUUUGUUGAGGACAGAAAAUGUGGAGAAUUUUCACCACACCCAGCUCGGGGGCUUCAACAAGCUCCACACAUGAAACACUUUUGCGGCAAACUACUAAUUUCCUUUUAAGUUGUCGGUCUACGGUUACAGGAUAGAGGCGUCAUUUGCCUUUAAAUCUUCCUUCUGCGAACACGGCUCUGUGUGUCCUACGUGUGUGCGACUCUGUAUGUAUAUGUGUGUUUGAUUGACCAGUGUUCUUUGCAGGCCAGCCAAAGCAAUAUCUUGGGAGCUGCUCAUGUUUACUCGGCCCCUGAAUAGAGGUUGUUAUCAGCCCUGGUCACGUUGCAUGUUCUCAUUCACAUGCACUUGGAUACAGUUUCACAUAGACACACACGCACACGCACAAAGAGCCCCUUUCGAACUCUCUUCCACACACACACACACACACACACCCACGCCCUCCCUCCCUCCCCACCCGAGUGGCCCAGUAGAAGGGCAUGCCUUUGUCAGCAGAUGUCAGGACGCAGGUGUGUGUUCCUGUGCCUCUCGCUCCAUUCGUUUCAUCCUCUCCUCCAGAGGCUGCCCAUUUGUCUGUGGCCCUGUUUCAUUUCAGCCCACUCCAAUCUCCCCUCCCCAAGAGGAUGCCAGUGUGUCUGUUGUCUGUAGAACAGGGAAGGGAGUUGGAAGCGCGAAACCCUUCCCUGUCAAUGCGACUGUAGCGUUUCAGCGCAACCUUUUAAGAUUAGAUUAGUCGGACUUUGGGCACCGGAGUCGCUGUGAGGUCGUCUUUUAAUGAGACGGUUCUGUUUUCCCCCCGUUUUGUACAUUCCCUUUCAUUGUCUCCUCGGCGAGCCUCAUUAUUUCUGUAAAGCUGCGAGAAACUCUCGCAACAACAUGUACAGAAAAUAAGGAGCAUGUGGCGCCAGGUUCUGUAAGUUGAAGGUUUUUCCUUUGCAGGGAGAUAAAAGGCUUUAUCCACCGACAGGAACAGGAAGUGAUAAGACCUUUUAAAGCAGUAAAAGUCACUGGGAUGUGUCAUUGGCAGAUUUGCAGCUUCAGCAUUUUUCAGUGGCAUAACAUCAUUGGGUGACGACUGGUAAAAUUCACUCCCUGUGCAGCACACACUCACUCUCACUCUCACACACACACAGAUACACUACCUCCCAAUGCUGCUCUUAGAUAGUGCAGUGGAUGUAACAUUAGGCUGGGCUUUCCAAUUUAUUUCACCCAACAGCCCCACCCCACCCUGAACGCCUCAUUGCAGACGUUAAUGACUUCUGCAGAGUAACCGUUUAAAGAGCGCUAAGGGAGAAUGAUUGGUGGGACACGUGGAGUAUUUAUCAACCUCCGCGAAAGGUGAGUCUGAACCCCAGAAGCACAGGUGCCCACUUCCAUGUGCCUGCCAAGACCGCUCAGUAAGUUCUCACCUUUUGGACUCACUGCCCAUGAAACUUAAAUAUGGGAAGCUCAUAAAACUGACACCAAGGUAUGAGUUGUCAAGACCUGGGUAAUGGACGCGGCGCAAUGAGCCUGUCAGAGCGGCCGUGAAUGAGCGACAUCUGUGUAAAGAAGCGUGGAUGAGGGCCGGACAGACGUGAAGGUAUAACAGUCAUUGACAGUGUCUGAAAGUAGCUCCAGGGCAUUCAUCCUUUUCCUCCCUCCCAUCAAGCACCCCCAGCCCUCCAUUCCCCCCCCCUUCAUCUGCCACUGCUCUACUUUUGCACCCAUUCAGGCUGCAACCUGACAACAAAGAGAGAGAUGUGUUUAGCAGGCAGGUCUUUGCUGGUUUAUUCCUCCUGUCCACUGGAGCAGAGAAGUGAGAGACACUCUGUUUGUCUCUUCUGUUUGCCGUCUCCAUCGCAUUCUCUCCGUCUCUCUCCCAUCCUUCCACCACUCACCACCCCCUCCCCACAUCCAUCCCCCCCCAUACGCCCUGCAGGCGAGAGUGGAUGGCGUUUCACAAAGCAGGUUUAGCCAUAAAAUUGGACGGAGUAAGUUUUGUCAACAAGACCGAGAGCUGCUUAGAUGUGCAGCAACAUAAAGCGAUCCGAGGUUUGAAUCUGGGUCAAAGGGAAGCGAGCCUAAUAGGGAUGUACCACCAACUGAUCCAGCUUCAUCCUAAUCUAUCUCCACUAACUUCAGAAAUUAGACAGCCAUUUUAGAUAUUGAGCCUAAUCCAGAAAUCUCUUAUGUAGGAAUGCCCGUUGGCUUGAAACAUCCAGCUAGUCUGGGAUUGUCUCCUCUCCAGGCGGUACUCAGUACUCAGCCCACCACUAUCCUUUGUUCCUGGUCUCCACUUGAAUUUCUCUGAGACGCUUCCUCCUCCGGUUGAGUUUUUUGUUUCCUUGACUAAAUGUAAGUCAGGAGGUUUUUUUUUUUUUUAUUGAGGGGGGAAGUUGGAGUGAGUCACUGCCAAGUCUAAGGACAACAGGCCGGCAGACAGACAGGCUACUGGAAGCCACCAGUGCUUCCUGGACAGACUUCUGUCUGGCGCACAAUUGAUCGGGUCACCUUAGGGAAAAGGGCUCCACCAAGACUGCAUCCAUGCAACUUGUCAUUGUCCCUCCCUUUCCGUGGUGGUGGAGCUUCCCGAAAACUAGUGGGGAAAGGAUAUAUCCCUGAAGUAUAGCUUUACCCCUCGACUACGCACUGGGAUGAACUCUUAACCUCCUCUUGUGUUGGCUGUGAAAGUUCUGAGUCAUAGUUGCUGCAUAAAGAUCAUUUUCUCACUCAAGAUGAUUAUUUGUCUAGUCAAGGAGGCCUUCGCAUCCUCAGCCAUUACUUAGAGCCGCAUUCAUCUCGCCGCAUAUCGUUCUUUGGAUCCACACGAGCUUCGGUACACUUAGCAAAUUAAAGCUGAGUCAAGGAAUAUAAUAAAGAAGCUUAAGAGCAGCGUAGUGUCUGAGAUAAAAAUGUCUCAACACUAGCUAAUGGCGUGAUUGUGAACCUGCAAACGGCUGCAGUCGUCCGUUCAUCAAGCCACAGAGCAGCAUCCCCUGCGGUACAUCGGCGACUUCAUGGCAAGAGUCCAGCUGUUGUUUUUAAGAAACAGCAGCUGCAUAGCUGUCUAGGGUUAAGGGAGGGGUGGUUAAAUGUAUGUUUUUAAAUAAUUUGUAUUUCAUUAAAGAUUAAGUAGAGCCAGGGCAGCCUUGAAUAUUUAAAAUCCCCCCUUGUCGACUGAAAUUGAAAGCCGGUGAGGGAUUGAAUUACCACCACUGUAAAUUGAAACCCAACAGUCGUAGUAGUUCACACCUUACCUGCAGUGGUGUGGCGUGUUCCCUACCGUAUCUCUGAUGCAAUUGGAUUUCUAGAGAGGGGAGGGCUACAGAGGCUCCUGUGAAACAUGAGCACUCCUGAUUUCUCUGUCUGCGUCUGUGCCGCGGCUGUCUGCCAGAAACUGCAGCCUUGGAGAGAUUUGUUACAUAGGAGUUGUGGGCUAUCAUUAAGCCAACAUAUGGCCGGGUGUUUAUUGUAAAAGAUAGAGGCCGAUGGCAGGAGGGAGUUUAUUGUAAAAGAUGGGAGCUUAUCACUUGUAGCAAAACUUAUGUUGGCUGCGAAAAAAAGGGAGGUUUUAUAUUAUUUUCCAUCAAUAAGUCCACAGCCGGUGGCAAUGAAAGAGACCAGGAGGAGAAGAAGCGAUUUAGGGAAAGUGCGAGGCACCUAAGCACAUGAAGAGAGAUGGAGCAAACUCAAAAAGACAUACUGACUGUCUGGCAUGUUUACAGCUGCUUCAAGACCAACUCCUUUAACCUGUCUAUCUGUGUUUGUCAAUGCAAAUGCUGCUGCCCGACUUUGAAUGAUUGAAGAUGAUGUUGCAUGUGUUCCCUUUUUUGAUUUGACUACAAAAUAAUCGGGUAAAUCUGUGCAAGGUGAGGCUAGCGUGCAGCAGCAGUGAUUUCCCCUCUUUCUAGUGGGAUUACCUAAUUAUUCAUCAGUUUUAACCUGUAAUACACAGAAAUAUCUUGUCAGCACGCCCAAACUGCAUUAACUCGGUUAGCCAGCAUCAUGCAGCAGUUUAAAUCGCCCCACUGCUGCAUCACAUCUCAUAAGACUUAGCUUCUAACUGCUGCUACCACAAAUCACCUCCUAUCAGUUCUCCGGGUGCACUGAGUAGAGCAGCGUGCAUCAGCUUGUAGCUGUAGGGCUUUAACACAAACCGGCUCUUUUCUUUUAUUAAAUUUAAUCCAUUAUUCCCAGCCCUGGCUCCUUUUCAUGUGAUCCUUUGGCAGGUUUUCAACCACUGCACACGGCAACUUUGUGUUCGACGUCUGGGAAUUUUUCUUUUGACUUUCUUUAUUGAGAAAUUGCGAGUUAAAUAAAUACUCCCUGACAAUGUGAGGGUUCUCUCUCUUUUUUUUUUUUUGUUACCCCCUCCUUUUAAAAGCCAACAAAGAAUCUUUCCUUUUCUUCCAGCCAACUCUACAUUACACAGACUUCUUUUAAUCUGCUUUUAAAUGCUCAUCUUUUUUCUCUCUCCCAGAGCUUUCCGUCUGAUGAAGGGUGGCCAUUCGCCAAGUACCUGGGAGCUUGCGGGCGCAUGGUAGCUGUCAACUACGUGGGCGAGGAGCUGUGGAGCUUCUACAACGCGCCCUGGGAAAAGAGGGUAGACUUGGCCCGUCAGCUGAUGGAUAUCGCCGAGCAGCUCACCAACAACGACUUCGAGUUUGCUCUCUACUUGCUUGACGUCAGCUUCGACAACUUUGCAGUCGGGCCUCGGGAUGGAAAGGUCAUAGUUGUCGACGCGGAGAAUGUUCUAGUGGCGGAUAAAAGGCUGAUCAAACAAAGUAAGUGGUGGUACCUGCACAUAUGUUUUUGUGUUGUAUGUGUGUGGGUGUGGCCAUAUGUUUUUAAGCGAUGACUAUCAUUUCUUUUCGCCACAUUUGCUUUUCCAUUCCUUGUUCUUAAACAUGUAUGCUAAAUCUUAAGCUUUACAACCAGUGAGAAUACAGAAGAGAAGCACUUACUGUUAUCGUAACAUGAAGUUCAUGUUAUUACUUCUACUUAAAGUUAGAAAAAAAAUCUGUGAUGGCUUUAUUCUUUAAAUCUCUAAGAGAUCACAGUCAACCAUUACCAUCGACUUGUCAAUCAAUCAAUCAAAUUCAAUCUUUUUAUUUAUAUAGCGCCGAUUCACAACAGUCAUUAUCCCAAGACGCUUUCCAAAAAAAGAGCAGGUCUAGACCACACUCAUAGUUUUUUUCAUUUUGAAUUGAACCUUUAUUUAACCAGGCUAGUCCCAUUGAGAUCAAAGAUCUCAUUUUCAAGGGGGGCCUGGCUAUCAUUUAAAAAUACAAAAAGAACAACGUAGACUCACACAGCUCAACAUCAGCGACAAGUACAGUAAAAAUAAAUGUCAGCUAAAGCAGUGGCAUACAGAGAGUUUGCUUUCAAGAGUUCAAGAGUUUCGAGAUUUGACCAUCUCAUUUAACAUGAGUGAGGUUAGGAUCAGACUCAUUUUAGACAGCCGCCAAGCCGCUGCUGAGUUGGGAAGAAAUGCAGAGAGAUGGGGAGGGAGGGAGAGAGGGAGGGAGGGAGAGAGGGAGAGAGAGAGGAGUAGGAGGGCAAAGGGAGAGAAAGAGAACAAGGGAGAAGGAAGGAGAGAGAGAAUGAGUAAGGGAGAGAGAAAAGAGAACAAUGGCGAGAGAGUGAGACAGGGGACAACAGCAACAUUGAAACAACAACAACAACAACAGCUCAUACAGAGUUGUGGUUUCAGAGCAACUUGUAAUACCUUCUCUCAUCUAAAAAGCUAAAUCCUAUCCUGUUAUGACCAAUAGUGUAAAAAAAUAGUAAAAGGUCUUUAAUUGUGUUGUGCCAUCAAGAAGAUGGUGCAACAUGUUUCAUUAUAACUGCUGAUGCACUACCCACCAUCAUUACAGUAGAUGUUGAUGUAGGCAAAGUUCAGGUUUUGUAUCUUGUAGCUUGCAGGAGUGCAAACUUGACACGGGGUAAACCAACGGUACAAGACACAGGUGGGGUGAACCCUCAUGUAUCAGCCUCUGCUGAUAUGGAAGCUGCUGCACCAGAUUCAAUGAAAACAUCUUAAGAUAGUUUUGAAAUGACUCAUAAACACUUGAUAUGAAUAAACAGCCACAAAGUACCGUUUUCCUCCAAGACAAUCAAUCAUCCUUUAUUUUUGGUGCAACCUCUAUUCUGGAUUUUACGGUAAUGCUGCUCAUGAAAUCCCACUUACGCAAUUGUUGUUCUUCCUGUCUGUCCAAACUUCUGCAGAAGCCACUGUGAUUUCAACACUGACCACAGAUUGAAUUCCCCCGGUUUAUGUCCUCGCUGUAACUGCAGACUGUAGCUGUAGUGGCAGAGGUUCAAGGAAAGGUCUCAAGGGACCGGCGGCUGUGCUUUUGGCAAACGCUUCAAGCCUCCCCCUCCUCUAAGAAUACGCUCCUCCAGCACCCCUUCUGCCUGCGACACACUCACUCCCAUCAAAGCAGAGAUCGUUUGGAUAACAAGCCAUCUCAGCUGCCCUAGUUAUUUUUUUAUGUCUCUGUGAAUAAACCUCAGAACAAGGACAGGGAGAGCUAUACAUCACACACUCAGUGUGGCCGUUCCCAACCUCCCAGUCCCCCCUCGGUGCAGGGGCUACUUCAAAGAGAAGGACGACCACCCAGUCAGGCCCUGAGAUUUGUCCCUUCCUGCAAAAAUCCUAUUAAAGUGAUAAACUGUAUUGUCGCUAGGUGUUGAGGUUCUGCUAUUGUGCUCGGUGACAGUUACAAACUAUUGUCUGUGCGUGUGGGAAAGGGAGUGUUGGUGUGUUUUUUUUUUAAGUUUCAGGAUAGCCGUGUGAUGUAUUAAUCCAGUGAUAAAGUGCCACUUUGCUAAAUUACAAGACAUGACACUCGAAAAGGGCAUAUAGACGUUUACAACAUGUCGAGGUACUUCAACACUUCUUCCAGUUUCUUCUGUCGAGUUUGAACAAUAGCUGCUCCGAUACAGAAAGUAGUUCAGAACAAGUCCCAAAUUUAGCUUAAAUUGCAGUAUUAGAUAUCUGUUUGUAAACCAGUCAACUUGUCAACACUGACGGCCCACUAAAGCACCCUCUGCCAUCAGUGUUUGAACAUGAUGUUAACAGGUGAGUGUGUCAAGUUGUAUAAAAGCACUUUGAGUGGUCAGAAAGCAUUAUACACGUGUUUAAUACUGUCUGUUACCGCCACCUGGAGUCUGCAGUCUCGCUAGCUACAGUAGAUUAGUUCAGUCUGUGGUAACAAGUGCAGAAAACCAUUGUGCCUUUAGUUACGUAACUCCACCUCCCACUUAGUAAUGUCCUCUUUUAGGGGAUCCAGAAUGUGGUUACCCUAAUUUGACUCAAUACCGACCGAAGUAAACACUGUACAAACAGUUUGUUGUUUGAUUAUUUUUGGACUACUGUUAUCAGAGACUCAAUAAAAUUUUGAGUUUACAGUGAAAACCUAUAGUCUACUUUUUCGUUAUCGUUAAAGAAUUGAAUCGAUAAGCAGAAUCGAUAAUGGCAUCAAUAUCGAUAAAAUCUUAACAAUUCCCAUCCCCAACUAUAUGAAUAGCCAAUGAAAAUGGGAAUUGCUCCGGGUCCGCCCCGCACUGAACCGACCAUUCAGUCCGCUUUCUCUAGUGCAAUGCCUUAUGACAAAUCAUCGCAGAGACACAAAGACCUCACAGAUGCAGUAACUUAUUGUACUGCAAAAGACAUGUUACCAAUAAGCACUGUUAAACUUCAUUUUUAUAUUGUGAUAUAUAUCGGUAUUGACUGAUAUGAAAAAAAAAAUAUACUGUGAUAAACUUUUUCCCAUAUCGCCCAGCCCUAGCCCUUAUAUAGACGUAGUAUAUAUAGAGCACAGCCAACUCUCUAAAUGAAAAGGUAUUAAAAGUCCAUCCCAUACACCAAAUGUAAUGGUCCUUGUGAAGUACAGCUCUGGUAUGAGAACAUAUCCAGUUUUUACUCAGAUUUCUGUGUGCCCAUGUAGGUGAGUGAGUGUGGGAAUAAAAUUCCUAUUAUUGCCCAAAGCUGCAAUUUUGCACCCUGUCCACAGAAGCCCUUUGCAACUCCCAGAGCACGGUCCAGGUUGAGACUGCCUUUGUGCGGCCGACACAUUUAGAGCCUGACAGCUCAAGCUGCUUACCCCGGCCAUUCAGAGUUUAAGCCUCAAGAAUGUUUACGUGCGACUUGUGUGUUUGUGUGUCGGCCCUGUUUGCGGAUGUGCCAAGUUCCUGCGGCGCAGUACGAGGAAGAGGGAUGAUGACGGUAAUGAGUCUUACGAGGUCACAACCAUGUGUCAGACAGAACUCCAAAAUGGGCACGGUAGCCCCCCAGAGCUCCACAGAGCCCGAUUCCUACAAUUAGAGCCUGAGAUUGAGGCGAAUUAGAGCAUGCGGUUUGAAUCUCAUCUAUACAAAUGGAGGCCAAUUGAUUUGCAAAUUAAACACACAAAAAAAAGCCACGUGCAAUCCCACCCGCUUGUUAGCAGUGGUCCCUGUCAUCGAGAUAAAACACAUGCUGUGUUCUGGAUGUGCCGAGCUGUUUGCACAGUCCAGUGGUGCGAAAGGAACCAUUCCCCAUCAUUGAGUUUAUAGUGUUGGAGGAUGCUUUCACCCCCAGUGGUUUUUGGAAACACAUGCUGUAUAAUGUAACACACACUUCACUCACUCCUAUUCUCCUUUGCUUCUGUUGGCUGGCUGUACACAAACACACACACAUUUACACACACACACACACUCAGGUCUGCCUCUCUUACAUUCAAUAAUGCACUCAAACACAGGCAUGCAUUGUUAAAACCGCCUCGUACUCCUGAAUGCCACUCAUAAGGCCACGCUAACAAGCAUUUCAGGCCCAGUGUCCCUUCUCAGUGCAGCCACGGGAAUGCAGGAGAGUGAGGUGAAUGUAUACAAGUCCGAGAGGAGCUCCUUAACAUGGAAGGUGCCGGAUGCGCAGGAGAUGAGAGAGGCUACCUCGUUCGCCGCUCUCCCGCUCAUUUGAAUUGGAAAUGAUUUGGUUUGCUUUGGAAAUGUUGGAGCUUUGUUGCGCUCAGGCCUGCAGAACGACUGGAACAGAGGAGGAUUGUGGUGCAAGUAAAUAGACUUCUUUUAGCCUUUAGUUGAGGUCUUUCUUUGCUUUGCUCAUCUUUCGCCCUUGAGUUUGAACCUUCCUGCUCAUUUUCUUUUUUUUUAAGGCGGCCUGUCUGCCUCUUGUGUGUGUGUGCGUGAGAAAGUAAGUGUGUAUGUGUGUGCGUUUGAGAGGGAAGAACAAGAAUAGGACACUCUCCUGAUGCCAUCUGUCAAUCAGUGCUGAGGUGUGAUGCAUGGCCGGCUCUCCAACAUUAAUUGCUUUCUCCUCACCUUGCUGCUCGCACGUGUCCAUCUUUAUACAUCUGUGCGCGCGUGCUCUCCGCAUGCGUACCCAGGCAGAUCCAUCUUCAUCACCCGCACUGAUUGAGGUUGAUGUGCCCCUCCUCCUCAGUGGAGGGGGCCACAGGGGCCCCUUGCUAACAGGGCAGUGCUGGAUGUUUGAUUGAGUUGUUCUGAUGAGGCAGAGGAGAAGUGCAUUACAACCCUGAUACACUGAUUAUGCGUUUGCAUCCUCUGGGUCUGCACCCACCUCCCUCCUCCCCCGCAUUGUUAUUGAUCUGCUUUUUAAUGCACAAACCAAUAGGUCUCUCAUCAUCCCAGGUUAUUUUCUUGGCUCACCUCCUCUCCCAAGUACAGUCCUCUGAAGAGAAAAACAACGCAGAAGGGGGCUGGAGAGAGAAUUUUAUUUGCUCAAUAAAUCUAGAAAGUAUUUCGUUUCUGUCAAAUAAAACCGUAGAUGAGUUGUUUGGUUGUGCGCUCUUAAAAAGACUUUCCAAUGAGUGUCGAAAUCGGCGCUAUAGACCAACCAGCUCUCUUGCUGCUUGAUUUUUUUUUAAAGUAAUAAAUUUUUACAAAACAUUGAGAAAUUGUUACUUGAUGAUCAGAGGCAGGGAAACAGCUGGUUGUAAUCGCUCAAAAUCAGCUGUGCUUCUGUUUGUCUUUGUGGAGCUUUUUUGGAUUUAAUGACAGAAGAGAAAUGUUUGUACUGAGCAGGACAUCUUUAUAAAUAUUCAUCUCAUGGAAGCUGUAAAAAAUAGGUUAUGGUUUGACAUAUUUAAAAUUAAUGCAAAGCACUGACACCUCUAUUGAUAUCACUGGCUUUAUGAUGCUCCGUUAUUACGAUCCAGGUUUUUUAAUUGUUCUUUUAACCGUCUCUUCGCAGACAAGCCAGAAAACUACGACGUGUGGUACGAGAGCCGCUUCGAGGAGUGCGACAGGGAGGCCUGUCUCUCUUUCUCCAAGGACUCGCUCUGUUCCAGGGUCACCGUGGACCACAACUACUACGCAGUGUGCCAGAAUCUGCUGUCACGGUACGCUACGUGGCGGGGGACCACCGGAGGCCUCCUCCACGACCCCCCAGCCCACAUAGCCAAAGACAAACAACUGGAGUCACUGUUGGACGAGUGCACCAAACCCAAAAAGCGCUACGGCCGCUUUCAGGCGGCGAAGGAACUGCGCGAAUACCUCACACAGCUAGCUGCCGCCUCUUCAUCUGCAGCAGCCAGGUAAUGAAUGGAGUCGGCGUCAGCCCGACGUAACGACAGACUGGAUCCUGUACUCUUUAUCCCCAGACUCCGGGGGUCCUGGUUCUUGUUCAUGAUGUCAUUUGCUCCCCUCCCCUUUUUGCGCGCCGGAACCAGGAGAUGUUCGAUGUCUUGCAUCAGGAAGUGUAAGACUCAAACUUCAAAGCAAGAUUUGUUAAAGCUCUUGCUGUUUCCUGACUUUGCUCCGGAGCGAAAGAGGAGUGCGACGCUAAGAGAUUCUGCUUAACACCAGGAUAGAGGGGAUAGAGGUAACCUCUCCUCUCCCUGGGCGGCCUGCCUUCCUUCACAGGGGGGGGAGGGGGUAAGAAAGGGCUCUGGUAAAACGCAUCAUUCACUGGACACAGGCUAAAGCAAACCAGAGCAUUCAUGCAACAACAUGGCACAGCCCUAACCACAUCCAUCCUCCUGUUCACUCCCCGAUCUGUCAGAACUGUUGUGUUUUAUAACAUCGAAUCAAAACACCUGUUUGAUUCUGCCCCAAAGGUCUCUUCUUUUCUUAUUAUAAGAAUUCUGUUCAGGGCUGUAUUUAAGUAGAUUGGUGCGUUUACAUUUUUUUUUUUUUUUUUUGCCGUGCCAGGGCGCUUUUUUUUUUCAUCUCUGUGUAGCACGGCUGCAACGAAGGCAAAGGUAGCAUGAAUCUCCUGCUGUCUGGCAAAGCUAACAGCAGGUGGAACAGAGAGGCAGGGGGGCAGGGGGGUUUCAAGCAGGAAGAAAAGAAAACCCUCAACGGCCAUAUAAGUCUAAUUUUCUGCUACUCCAAUCAAUCACUUGAUUUCCAGGUUCCAGGAUUGUGGCAAUCAUCUCUUUUUUUUUUCCUUCUAGGUGUGUUUUUUCAUUCUAUAAUAGAAAACAGAGAGUGAGACAGCUGCACAUAGGAAAAGGAAGGGAAUAAUUGGACCAUGGCCAGUCCCUUGAUGCAGAUGUGCCUAUACCAAAGAGGCUAUAUAUAAUAUUAAGAACCCUGAGCAGUACAGAGAGACUGCACCUUUCCCUCCAGUUGUUCCCCAGUAGAGCUGUCCAAAGGCACUGUAAUGUGUACACAAUCCUAUAUGAGCCGGCAGGCCUGCAUACUGAUUUUUAUUUCCCAAUCCAAACAUGUGCAAGUCAAAGAUUCCGCCGAUUUCUGUCAGUGAACCUCUUCUGCUUUGUGAAUUUUUCCCAUACAUACGAUGAAUGAUGAUACGACAGGCAUAAAGAUGUUCUUCUUCAACCAAAAAAAAAAAAAAAAACAUAACAAAAGAAGGAAAUGAAGGGAUUCUUAAUAGGACUGGGAAACACAAUAAAACGGUUUUCUAGUGGCCUCCAGUGCUGAAUUCUACAUAAAUGUCUGUAAUUGAUAAAUGAAUCCUUUGGUCAAACUUCUCCCACUAGUGCUGAGAGCGGUAAGCUGUAUCAUGUAAAUGUUAAAAGAAAGGGAGGAAUAAAGAUAUCCCAAAUUGCCUCCUCGCUCCAGAACCGGCUCCUGACCUGCUCUCUUAAAUUUUGCAGGCCUGAAAUUUCUGCUGAAUAUUUAAACACUCCUGCACCACUUAGAGGUUUGGUUAGUUUUACACUCUGAGGACCGAGGAAUUAAAGCAUAAUCAUAUAUAGGCUGAUUUGGUAAUGGAUUACGACAGAUAAAACUCAAAUAACCUUUUUUAGCUUGAAUUUAUAAAAUCCCACUAGAGUGUUUGGUAAUACUGGAGCCAACAAUCAAAAGUACAGCGACAUGUGAAACUAGAAAGCACAGGAGUUGCUUUUUUUGGCCUCUUGAUGUGACUCCUGUUUUGUAAGGAUAAGCAAUAAAGAGAAGUUUGGCUAAUGGGUUUCAGAUUUCUAACCCCCCUUCCCUCGCCUCUUUAUUGUGUCCCGUAUCUUUCUGUUACCUGUGUCCUGGAGGACGUCGAACCUGGAGGGAUUUGUGCGUGCGUUCAAACUAACUGUCCACUUUUGUACUGUAAUUUUUUUUUUUUCUUUUCGAGUAUUAUAUCAGCAUUGUCUGAUUUUUCCUGUGCCUUUCAUUCAAAAGUUGUAUUUACAACUUUUUAGUGGGUUUAAAUAUUAAAAUAAAAGAAGAUAUAUAUAUAUUAAAAAAUAUAUAUAUAGAUAUAUUCACUAUGA